AUGUCCAACUCGUCGUGGCCACCUCAGCUCAAGUUUGUUGAUCUCGCUGCUGUCAAUGCCGAAUUAAAACAGAUCCUCUUCCAAGCACACCGAGACAACUCUGUCAACACGACAGACUGGUCAAAGGUCGAGCUCAACGCACUCAAGGCCCAGACGUACAGGACGGCUGUCGCUCCUCCCCCGCCUCCGCCGCUGUCGUAUCCUACGUUCGCUGCUCCGGUGUAUACCACCCCAGCAGCAAGCGUGACAACACCGACAACACCAAAGAAGAACAAGAAGAAGCGCAAGAAUGAUAUCCACACUAAUAACGCGACCACCACAACAACCACGACUACAUCCACCUUCCCCUCGGCGUACACCUUUGAGUCGGCAGAGGAGGCAGAGGCCAAGGCGCGUCGCCUGGCGCGAUUCCAGACCCCGGCCCAGCCCUCGUCGUCGAACGGUACCGGUGUCGGCCACUGGUUCAACCCGGACGAGGAUGCGGGAGGGUCGGCUCUGGGCAGCAGGAUAUCUGGGGGACCCGUGUCUCCGACAUUAGGUAGGAAGAAGCUAAAGGGCAAGAGCGGUCUUGGAUACUCGGAGGUGCACGAGGCGGAUCCCAAUGUUAUCGACUGGGACGCGUACACGAUCCGCGGCACGUCAACCAAGCUGGAGAAGUCGUACCUCCGGUUGACGUCUGAGCCAUCGCCCGCUGAUAUUCGUCCUCUGCCGGUGCUUCAGCAGACUCUACAGUUGCUCAAGCAGAAGUGGAGGGCCGACCAUAACUAUGCCUACGCGGUGGACCAGUUCAAGAGCAUGCGCCAGGAUCUUACAGUCCAGCGCAUCAAGAACGAGUUUACCGUCGAAGUGUACGAGAUCCACGCUCGCAUUGCUUUGGAAGCAAAAGACCUCGGCGAGUAUAACCAGUGCCAGUCCAUGCUGCGCCAGCUGUACGAGUUGGGUCUGCCGGGCCACCCAGCAGAGUUCCUGUCGUACCGCAUCAUCUACUUGCUGCACACUCGCAACCGCAGUGACAUGGCCUCCAUGCUGUCCCAGCUCACGCCCGAGGAGAAGGCCGACUCUGGUGUCGCCCAUGCCCUCGAGGUUGCUCGUUCCUUGGCGACGUCCAACUACACAAAGUUCUUCAGGCUCUUCCUUGAAGCGCCAGCCAUGAGCGGCUACAUCAUGGACCACUUUGUCGAGCGCGAACGCGCACAGGCUCUCGCUGUCAUGUCGAAAGCUUACCUCACUCUUCCCCUUCCUUAUUUGACAAAGACGCUGGCGUUUGAGUCGGACGAGGAGACCGACAAGUUCCUGUCCGAGCACCACGCCGCCAUCUACGUCAAUGUUCCGGACCCCAAUGCCCCCGCGAAGCGUGACCCCGCCAACCCCUGGAAGUCCAUCUCCAAGCCCAAGCCUGUGCCCCUUGAAGACCGUAUCUGGGACUGCAAGAAGGCUCACCAUGCGUGCGCGAAGGGAGUCGAAAAGUACCGCGUCGUGGACAUCAAGGGCCAGGUCGACUAA